AUGGGCAGUUGUUUUAGCAGGCCCUCUAAUAACGAGAGGGUGGAUAUUACUACAAGGGGCACUGGCAUAGGGCCUAUAGAGGACAAUAUCCCUGUUCCUAACCCCAUUCCGACUUCUACCAGUGAAAUACCGCGACCCACGCAGGUUAACACUGAGCCAGAUCAGCCAAAUUCCAGGAUAUUUGUUGCUUUGUAUGACUAUGAUGCCAGGACUGAUGAGGACCUUAGUUUUAGAAAAGGAGAACACUUGGAGAUUUUAAAUGACACACAAGGGGACUGGUGGUUGGCCAGGAGCAAGAGGAGUAGAGUUGAGGGUUAUAUUCCUUCGAACUAUGUUGCCAAGUUGAAGAGUAUUGAAGCAGAACCGUAA